AUGAUAAUUUUUAGAACAUUAUUGAAAUAGAGAUUUUCUACUCAUUCUAAUUUACUAAAUUUCGUAUUUUAAGAUAAUGUAGACAAUGAAUCAGAUAAUGAUAUUGAUAUUUUUGAUAUUCCGAACGAAAAUGUUAAAACUGUGAGAAAUGAACAAGAAUUGAUGGCACUCAUCAGUCAACAUGUAGAUCCUAAAAUAUUGAUCGAUAUAUUUAACUAGAAUAAAAAUAUAUUUGGCUUAUAGCAUUCAUUACUUACAAUUCGUAUUAUUGCUCAUUUCUUAAAUUCUCUUAAAGCUUAUUAAUAGGAUUCCAUUUUUCAGAAUGGAAUGAAAGAAAUUUCAACAUUAUUAAACAAUCACCUUAAUUAACUCAAUCCCAUUGAUUUGCUUGAAUUACUUUGUUUUAAAUCUAAAUAUUAAUUAAAGGGACAAUAAAAAUUGCUUGAAAAUGUUGAUGAUAAAAACCUAUCAAAUUCUUUAAAUUAAACUUUACAAAAUUGCUCUGAUUUCAGUAUUAGACAUUACAUAAACAUUUGGUAUGAUUCUUAAGUAGUAAACAUGAUGUUACCAUAAAUACAUAAAUUAGUUUAUGAUAGAUUAACUAGUGAACCACUUUCAUCUAUGGAAGUAGUUCUUUUAUUAAGAUGUGAAAUGAUGAAAUCUUAAAAAAGAAAAUUUCUUAAUUCAGAAUUGGUUGAAUUUUGUAUUUCUCAUUAUGAUUCUAAUUCACACUAUUAUGAUUUCUAAUAAGUCACUCAAUUUUACAUUAUGUUACUUAAAAUCAAAUAUUAAUAUUUGAAUCCUUAUUUAGAGUCUCAUCCCAUCUUAAUCAAAAUGAGAUAAUUUUUAAUAGAUAAUCUUAAUAAGAUGGAUGAACAUACAAUUUUAUCCAUUGUAAUCAAUUAUUAAUUAUUGCCUGUAGAUGUAACUCCAAAUUUAGAAAUUAAAAUUAAAGAAUUUCUCUUCAAAUAACUAACCUUAAAACCUUAAAAGAUAUCAGUCCACUUUAUUUAGUAAAUUUUAAUAAAUCUUGAGUCUAUUUGUACUUAAUAAGAAAUUGAAAUAUUAAUUGAUGAAAUUAUUUAAAGAUUAUAAUAAGAAACUAAUACACAUUCAGUUCAAUAAGCAAAUAAGUUGGGUUCAAUUUUUUUACCUUUAAGAAAAUUAAAAUUAACAGAUUAUUCUAUGUAAAAAUUAACUAUUUUUUCUGAUUAUAUUAAUCAGGUUUGUAAAUUUUCCUAUCCAGCAUAGGGUCUUUUGUAUUUGAAAUUUAUUUGUAGAUAAGAAGUUGAUUCCUUGAUUAAUGAAGAGAAAGCAAUCCUUCAUCCUUUUCAUUCAUAUGCUAUCAUAAAACAAGAAAACCUUAAAUCUAAAAUACAUAACGAUUUAAUUAGAAAAAUCAAAGAUAAUCCAUUAAAAAUAAUGAAUGAAAUUAUGAGUUUCUAAUUAUAAGAUUCAUAAAUUUUUAAGGAUUUGCUUCCUACAAUUAUUAUAGAGUUUAUGAAAAAAAAUCACUAUUAAGAGAGAUACUUACCAUUAUUAUUUAAAUUGUUAAAUGAUGUUAAUUCAUUAAAUCUUUUAAAAGAUUGCCUUUCUUUCAAAAAGUCAGAUAUUUAUAGAUUAGCUCUUAGAUAGCACAACUUGACUGAAUUAUAAGCUUAAAUAUUUGGAAGUCGGCUAAUAUAAUAAAUAGAAAGAUAUCACCGACAUGGUAUUUUGAAUGUAAUUUUAAAUUCAAAUCUGGUAAUUUUGAUUGGAAGAAAAAAUCCAGAACAUUUAACUACUCUAAUGAGUAUUAUAAAAUAAUAAAAUGAGGGACUUCAAACCUAUUCAUUUUGUAAGUACUUAAAAGAUUAUCAAGUUGAUUAUAGGAAAGUACUUAAACAUUCUUAACGCAGAGCAAGAUUAGAAAAAAUAGAAGAACUCUAUAAUUAAGAAAAAUGUGUUGAGAAGAGAUUGAUAUUAUUAUAUAUAAUUUUUUUUAACUGA